UAAAUACCAAAAAUUACGCACUGAAAUCAGUGUGUUGUGUCCGCAGGUUCAGAGAACUUUUUAAACUUGUUAAAGAUGUGAUUUUAUAAAAGUUUCUAUCGUCCUUUCACAAUCAUUACUGUUAUUGAUAAUGUUACUUCAAUGAGCAGUUUACAUUUUUGUGUACCUUUUCAUAUUUUAGCGGCACUAUUAUAAAAUUUAAUUACUAAAGUUUCUCAAAGAUUGAUCAAUUAACCUAUUUUUUUACUUUUAUAUUUUUUUAAUACUUUCGUCUUCACAAAUAAUGUUUAAUUUAAUAUGAUAUUUUCAUUGACAACGUAAGAUUAUUCCAUUCAUUGUCAUCAUAUUGGAAAGAAUAAGUUCCUUAAUUUUUAUAUUUGGAUUGUGAAAAAAAUGAAUCCCUCUUAUUCUUAUAAAAGUAUGUAAUUUCAUCGAAUACAACGUAUAUUAUAUAAAGGCAAUAGAAAUAUACGUAAUUGUACAUUUUUCAUCUAGUCUAGAGUUCCAAAAUAAUAUGUAUGUUUUUUAAUAAGGAACAAACAGGAACAGAAUAAACCAAUGUCAACAUAUAAAAUCGAUUUUACCUUGACCUCGAAUUAAAAAAAUAAUUGAGUUUCUGAUAUCGAAAAGCAAUCGAUUGAGUGGAAUGAAAUUCUGUCAAUAAAAAUGGCGUAAAGUAUAAACCUGUGUGUUCAUCAAAAUUUUCAAAAUUAACUAUUCAAAAUGUGAGCAUUCGUCAAAUUUACAAUAGCUUAAACAUAUUUUAACUUCAUGAUGCCUAAUCAUUAGCUUUUGGAUAAUAAGGAAUAAAUUAAAAUAAAUUAAAAGUAAACUUACACGAAGAUUUGUAACCUCUCGUAAAUUCAAAUAUAUAAAAUUAUGAAGGAAGGGUGCAAAAAGCAGUCAUUUUUUCUUUCCCAUGGAGCCAAGGUUUUCGGGGGAGCAUUUUUGAUUGGCUACACAUUAAGUAAAAUUGAUCACUAUAGUAAACAAGAAAGCGAAGACGAGGAUGACAAUGAAAAGCAUUUCAUUGACGAAGCCCAGAAAUUUGAAACAAAGAAAAAGACAAAAUCUGAUUUGAUGGGAGCGCCUUUUCCUCUUAAUCCCUUCAAUUAUAAUAUCAAUGACGGAGAACCCAUUAGUAGUUUUGAAUUGCCAAUGAGAAAAAGCAAGCAGAUGUACGAUGAACAAAAAAGUAAAGAUGCGAAUCCAAUGGAUAAAGCCAAUAAGGCACAAGAACAAAGGAAGAUUAAAAGGGAAAUUGAAAAGGAAGAUAAAUUGAAAAAAGAAACCCGAGCUCAUUAUGAUUAUGAUUCUAUAUAUUCUAUUGAUAAUGUCGAUACGGUCAAAUGAAUGUAUUGAAAACAACAACUAUUUUUUUCACCAUUUCGUAUUCCAUUUUUAAUAUGGAAAAGGCUCUAUAAAAAUUGUAUAGAAUACACUUUGCGAGAAAAAUUUUUGUUUCAGAAAAUUAAACUAUUUAAUUGCUAUACAAGCAACAAAUUUUUUUGCGACCGCCAAAAUUUCGUGCUCCCAACAAACUUCUUCUAGAACCAAUACAUGUUUUGUUCACUGCAUCAAAAUGGUAAUAUUUUUAUUAAAAAAAAA